AGAUAUUUUCUAUUGCUCCAGAAUUGCCUGGACGACUCGAGUGUCGCAAGCUCUACUUUUUUGGAUACAUUAAAACUGGCUCCCUUUCUCUCUCUUUUCAGGGGUUUAUUCGUGUUUCUGUGACUCAAGAGCAUAAAGCAACCAAGAUGAAGCCCACAACUCCAUUUUGGAGAAAAAAUUACCGGUGCCAACUGUCGUAAGUAAAGAGAAACAGCCUCCACUACCAGCCACUACAUCACAUUCUCCUGUUUCUCUGAUUAUCAAAGAGAUGAAGAUGAAGAUGAUUGGGAUUCUUCUCAGGCUUUUCCUGCUACUGCAAACGCAGCUGAAAAUUACCAUGUGAGUAGACAGUGCCUUGUAAACACCCGACCUAGUUGAGAAAUCGUCUCUUUCGAAAGUGAAUACAGAGAGUGAUCAAUUUCAUGGAUCGAGAUUCUGUUUCCCAACCUCUUAACAAUGUAGAGGCAACCAGCAAUGAUCUGGCAUCCUCACAUGGUAAUGUACUUUGAGACAAUGUUGAGACAGAGAAACCCCAUGAUUCCCAAACUAAUAGUGGUGUUAUCGAGGCAUGUGAUGAUCGGAAGGAGAUCGAGAGACGAUAAAUUGUUGUCCGGACCGGAAGAGGAAACGGAAGCAGGGCUGAACCAAGUUACUGAACACGGAGUCACAGACCAUCUGAACUUCAUCCUAUAUUGAAGAUGCUCAAAGACUGGUUGGAAUUAAUUCAGCACACCAUCAGCAGGGAAAGGAUAUUGGACCAGUACAAGUUAAGGAAACAGAGCUAGAGCUGGAAAGGUAAAUUGAUAGAGAAAUUGUAUUGUAUUGAAUUGGCUCAAAUUACAAUGAAUAGUUACAUAUAUUAUACAAGCUAUAGAGAAUUCUAGAUUGGUGCAGACACUUUGAGAUACUUUCACUUGAGAAUGUAUAGUACUGUGCAGUAUGAGUCUUGGCAAUGGCAUUAUAUGUGAAGCAUAGGCACGCUUGUGCUUUUUGAUCAGUGUUCUUGGCUGUAUAGUACCGAAUUGAAGAUAAUGCUGGUUCUGUAUCUAAGGGUGUUGAAAUUGAUGGUGGUGUGGAAGUUGUGGAUGGUUUUGAAGAGAAUAAAGAAGAGGACAAACAACCAAAUGUGUCAGGGGCAUUGCAAUCGGGCAGUGGGGUUUAUGACAAUGAUGGAAUACAGCAAGUAAGUGAGGGUAUGAGUGUUAAUAUCCAAAGGAAAAUAUCUGAAGCUUAUCAAAAACAGGGAAAGCAAGUUUCUGAAGAGUUGCUCAAGACACUCACCCAGGAAAUGUUGCUUAGGUCCAAAUUUGGCUCCAAUUUUUGAACAGGUGCAUUCCACCUUGAAAGAAGCAAACAACAUCAAUGCGUGUAUAGAGGAAUUAAAAAGGAUACAGGACUUACAGAGGCAUCAAGGCUUCAUCUUUUGAACGUUCAUGUGGAAUGUGACAGCCAAGAGGUCAACAAUUCGAGACAACUUUUCUUUCCAGAUGGAGCUAGAGGACCGGCGGUUAAAACAUCCUGUUAGCUACAGGGCGGAAAAGUAUCGUGUCCUAGAACGAGACUUGUUAGAUAGAAGAGCUAAAUUGGAGGCAAACUACCAAAAUUGUUUCCGGGAUCUGUACAGGGAGAGGUUUGGGAUUGUGAAUGGUGUAACUGAAGUUGGAGAACCAAACACUAAAGGAGUGCCGGAGUUUUGGCUUAAAGCAAUGAAAAACAAUGAAGUCCUUGCUGAGGAGAUUACUGAGUGCGAUGAAGGGGCUUUGAAGUACCUACAAGACAUCCAAUGGAGGAGGUUAGUGACACGUUGGAGAGGGGGUUUCGAGCUGGAGUUCAUAUUUGCUCAUAAUCCAUAUUUUGAAGAUCCUUCCCUGAUAAAACAAUUUCGGCAUGAGCAAACAUUUUCGUCAGAGAUCAAUUGGCGCCAUGAUCAAAGCUUGACACAUAAGCUUAUAGAGAAGCCAGGAAAGAAAGGAAAACACAUUGUCAAAACUGUUAAAGCUUUUUUAACUUCUUCAGCCGUCGUCCGAAUCCUCAAGCCACUGAGGAGAAUACUUAUAGUGAAGAUAUUGUUCAGGGAUUUAGAGCCCAGAUCAAAUAUGAUUUUUACAUUGGUAAAAUAAUCCGAGACAAAAUUAUUCCCCAUGGAAUAGCAUGGUUCACAAAGGAGGCGCUUGAAAAUAAUAGUGAGUUUCAUGAUUUAGAAGACUUCUACAAUGACGGUUAUUCGGAUGAGUCUGAGUCCGAGGAAGAGUAAGAUGAUUGUGGAGGAUGAGCACAACAUUGCUACAAUGAAAUCGAGUGUUUCGUACAAUUGCUUCAUGACAUUUCAAGUUUCUGUUUUUGAUGCCCAAGUUGAACGGAGAUUUUCAUCCGCGUAAAGCAAAGAAAAUUGUUAAACUUUGUAGUUUCAGUUGUUUCUGACAUCUACUAGACUAUGAGCUGGUGAUUUUCUUAAUCCUAUUUUGUUCA